GGGGCGGGGCCUAGUUAGAAUUUUGGCGGGUGACCCGGCUGAGGGGAGCGGAGCUGGGCGCGGUGAGAUUCUUCCUUUGGGGAUUCUGCUGAAGGAGUCCUGUUGAAAUCAUGGAUGGUGAUGAUGACUUGGAGCUGUUGGCCUCCCUGUUAGAAGAGAAUGAGGCAGCUGAGGAUGGGACUACUCCUGAAGAGACCACAGCUCACUCAGAUGAGGCUGGAGAACCAGAUGAGUAUGAUGAGCUCUUUGACGCAGAGGAUGAUGCAUCCUACACCGAGGAGGUUGAUGCCGAGGAGAGUGAAACCAGUGAACAGAAGGAAAAUGCAUCUGCGUUGUUUGGAGAUGUGGAUGACCUGACAGAAGAAGAGGAAGAGGAAGAAACUGUACAGGAAAUACCCUGUUCUCCAGCUCUCAAUCAGGAGAAGGAGAAAAACAAUCAAGAUUUGCAAGAUGAACUGAGGAAAUUGCAAGAGCAGAUGAAGAAGUUACAGGAGCAGUUACAAAUGACUGCAAUUGGGCAGCCAUCCAGCUCAGGCCCUCAGAAAAAAACCCUCGGUAAAUCGCCAUGUAUUCCCUUCAAGGAAAGGAAAACUCCGAAACUCCAGGAGUCACCAUGUUUCUCUGCUCAGCUCAACAGUCCUGCUUUAUCGAUAACCAAACUGGGAGCCCAGAAACCAAAACAUUCACCAUCAGAGAAUAAGAGUCCUCCUCCAAGGCCAAUAUCAAGUUCAUCAUUUCAACCUCUCAGAUCUACUCCUGGGAACAGGCCCAAAAUGGCCACCAGACACCGGACUCCCCAAAUGCAAGGGAGUUCCAGUGUGACUGAUCAGCCAGUCUCUGUGGAAACUUUCUCUGGGCUCAGAUUAAGAAAACCCCGUGUGUCAUCAGUGGAAAUAGACAGGAAAAUGGCUGGACGGAAGCUGAUCAGACUGUCUCAACUGCAAGGCAAACUGGCUGGGGGGAAUCUGGAGGAAACAGACUGGGUAACAUUUGGAGUCAUAAUAAAGAAAAUCACCCCUCAGAGCUCAAAUAACGGCAAAACUUUCAGUAUCUGGCGGCUGAACGACCUGCGUGAUCUGAACAGCUGUGUCUCGUUGUUUUUGUUUGGUGAUGUCCACAAAGAACACUGGAAGACAGACCAAGGCAUGGUUAUCGGGCUGCUCAAUGCUAAUCCCAUGAAACCUAAAGAAGGCUCGGAUGAGAUGUGUUUGUCUGUUGAUCACCCCCAGAAGAUCUUACUUUUGGGUGAAGCUCUGGACCUGGGAACCUGCAAAGCUAGGAAGAAGAGUGGGGACCCAUGUACACAGAUUGUUAACCUGAAUGACUGUGAAUAUUGCCAGUAUCACGUACAAGCCCAGUACAAGAGGCUCAGCUCAAAGCGGGCAGAUUUACAGUCUAGCUUCUCCAGUGGCCGUGCUCCAAAAAGGAUAGCUCGCAAAAAUCCCAGCUUGAAGGAGAGGCUCUGUCAGGAUGGGUUUUACUAUGGAGGUGUUUCUUCGGCAGCCUAUGCAGCCUCAGUUGCAGCAGCUGCAGCCCCUAAGAAGAAGAUACAAACCACUCUCACGAAUCUGGUCGUAAAAGGAGCUGAUGCAAUUGUACAGGAAACUAGAGAGAAAAUAGGUAUGGCGAAGAGACCCAUGCCGUGUACUGAUGAGUUCAAAGAAUUGUUGGCAAUGCCAACCUUUGGAGCACGAAACCUCUGCAAACACUUGGCCAAAGCAGAUGCAGCAGAUGUUCGAGGGAAGCAAGGAUCUGCUUUCCAGUCUAUCUCCGCUUCAGCACUGAUCAAACAACAGAAGCAGCAAAUGCUGGAGGCCAGAAAAAAGCGAUCAGAAGAUAUACAGAGGCGGUUUCUUCAGACUACAACAAAAACCAAUAGCCCAGCUUUACCAUCCUCCUCAGGGCUCCGCUCGCCAACCCCAGGGGCUGAAUUUCCCAAAGCUGCAAAAAUGUCAACCCCUCAAACACCCAGGCUGGGGAUAGGCUUCACUGAGGGCGAUGACGUCCUCUUCUUUGAUGAUUCUCCACCUCCAGUACCAAAAUUGAAUGGUUUAGCAGAAGCUAAAAAGUUGGCUGCUAUAAACAAACUGCGAGCAAAAGGCCAAAUCCUCAAUAAAACCAACCCAAACAGUGUUAAACGGAAACGACCUGAUCUUGCCGAUGUUCUGGAGAUCACGGAGAGAGUUGAGAAAAACAUCCCCUCAUCACAAGCUGCAGAUGAACUAGAACCUGCCCAAAAGAAACGUCGAGAACAGCUGGCAUAUCUGGAGUCUGAAGAGUUCCAGAAAAUCCUGAAUGCCAAGUCCAAGCACAUGGGCAUCCUUAAGGAGGCUGAGGCUGCGCUGCAGGAACGCUACUUUGAACCUCUGGUGAAAAAGGAACAACUGGAAGAGAAGAUGAAGAACAUUAAAGAAGUGAAGUGUCGGGUUGUGACGUGCAAAACGUGUAAAUACACCUAUUUCAAGCUCCUAGAGACUUGUGUGAAGGAGAAUCAUGAAUACCACUGGCAUGAUGGUGUCAAGCGAUUCUUCAAGUGUCCCUGUGGAAACAGAGCCUUAUCUCUUGACAGGCUACCGAAAAAGCCCUGCAGCGCCUGUGGCCUCUUCAAAUGGGAACGCGAUGGAAUGCUCAAGGAGAAGAAAGGUCCGAAGAUUGGUGGAGAAACGCUUUUACCAAGAGGGGAAGAGCAACCCAAAUUUCUUAAUAACCUUAAGUAAUCCACCAGUGAUUGUCACAACAUACCCCUCAUUUUUUGUCUCCGAAUUAAUCACUUUUUUAUCAUAAAGCAACUGAGUGCUGGGUUUUGCAACAAACAAGCAGGGCAAUCGAUUUCUUGGGACAAGGUCUUUCCUCCAGUAUACGGAUUGGAAUGUCCAGCUUUGAACUUUUUAAACCGAUUGAAGAAACCUCAUGUGAAUUUCUUGUUCAUGCCCUUCAUUCUUAGGAAUGUGCUGUUCACAGUAUUUAAUUUAGGGAAGAGACAUCUAGUAUCAUGGAAUCUGAACCACGAAGUGGUUUCCUCUGGAUCCUGAAGAGUGUGUAGUGUGUGUGUAGUGUGUAUGUGUGUGUGUGUGUGGAACAUUUCAUUAGAACUACCCCACCGGACUCGUAAGAUGUAAACAAUUAUGAUCUUGGAGAGACCUUUGAAACAGUCUGCAAGUACUUGUAGCAUGUCUGUGGUUCAUAUAGUGGUCCAUCAUGGGGAACACGUCCAUCAUGGUGUCUUAAUUCUGCUAUUCCAGUCCUAGGAUGUACUACCUCACAUUGUUACAGGGUGCAUAAGCAGCAGCAUAUAGCAGGUUGAACUUAUAGAGGUACAUGAUGUGGCAUGACACUUUCCAUUGUUUCCAGAAAUCCACAGGGCAAAUUUCAAGCUGUUUGUGUGAGUUCUUAAUGUGUAAAGUUUUCAAAAGGGCCUGAGUGGCAUAGGCACUUGACUUUCAUCUAAGCCAUUCAGGUGCUUUUGAAAGUGGCACCCCCGCCUUCCAGCUGAUUGCACCACAUGCAUGUAGGCUGCCCGGUGUCGACUGAUGACCUGUUAUCUUUACAACUGCAGACCCAGAACGUGCCAAUUAUAAAAUGGUAAAAUUUAAAUUCUUUUAAUGAAUCAGCCAAUAUUUUGUCAGUGGCUUUAAUGAGCAGACAAAGAACAGAUUAUUUUAGAUAGCUUUUAACCCUUUUUCUAGCAUUUUAAUAUUCUUUUUUAAUUGAUACAAAUAGCACAGUCUUUAGGACCCCCUAGGGCCUGACUGUGUGAAUCCUUUGUGGGAUAUUAUCUGCUUCACACUGAGCUGCGUGAGCUCCCGAAUGCCAGGUCUCCUGCGGAGUUUCCCUAGAAGUACUGGCUGUGUUUGGCAAACGUUACCCUGUUUGACAAUCUCCUUGGAAGCAGCCCUGGUUUGUGGCAUCAGGGUCCGUCAGAUUCCUAAAACCAUGAAUAUAUUUGUAGGCGUUCAGACAAACUCCCAGAGACAACGUAAGGUUUGGUUUACACUUAAAAGUUAUGUCAGCAUAACUACGUUGGUCAGGGGUCCGAAAAAACCAUUCCCAGACCAACAGCUGUGUCGAUAAACCCCCUAGUGCUGAUGCAGCUAUGUUAAAGGAAGAGUGCUUCUGUGCGUGUAGCUGUUGUUGUUCGGGGAGAUGGUGUUCCUUCACCAACAGAAAAUCUGUUGAUGUGAAAGCUGCAUCUACGCUAGGGAGCUAUAGUGACAUCUCUAUGCCAACAUAGGCUCCGUCAUGUAGACAAACCCUAAUGUGUCCAGUGGACUUCUAGGUUGAAAGCGCUUAUAUUACCCUUUUUUGCACAAGAUACGCAGAUGAGGAGUAAGUAAUUUGAAUUGUAAAGACUUAUCUGUACACUCUGCAACCAUUAGUGUCCCCAGUUGGUGCUGUUGCCUUUAGUCUUGCCCAUCCUAUGAGGUUCAGAAUCAUUGCUUUUAAUCCACUGUGUGGAACAGCUGACAAGUGGGUACUGCCAUUUAUUGACGAUUGUAAAUAUUUAAUUGUGACACUUCGGCGUCUCUCGGAAUCUUUGUAAAUAUAUUGCACAAUAAAGAGCUCCAGGGGUUUAAAUGUUA